GUCGUUUACCCUUGCUUGCCUGCAGCUACUGUGUCUUCGUUUAUGGAACAGGGCGCCAUCCACUCAAAUUCAAUACGGGCAGUUUCCACGAUGCGGUUGUCGUCAAAUAGUGAAAAAUUUUCUUGUUACGCAAACGAGAUAAACUCUACAUAAACCGUUGGAGAAUAUUGACGAAUACUGGGCCACCAUCAAAAAUUUCUUUAUUUCUAGGGUGGAUGAAGAGAACUCCAACUCUAUUGAUGGCAACGACAGCACGACACGCUAACGUAAUGAUGAUGAAACAGGCACUAUCACUGUCGGAUGUAAUAGUCUGCUAAGAAACGAGCGAUUUAAGCAUCUUGGAUGAAUGCUAUUAGCCAACGAUGAAUUAGCCUCCGAAACUGUUUCUCCCAUUAGCGUAACUUGGAUUAAGAUUUCGCAUUUCACAGCUAAUGCUCUUUAUCAUCGACUCAUCAACGAACGUCUGAAAUCUUCCGCCGAAGAAAUGAAGACAAGCGCGACCGAUAUGGAAUUGUCUUGCAUAAGAUGGUCAUAGAAUUCUCGGUGACGAGAGCUAAGAUUAACUUGAACAUCGAAGUUAGUAGAAACGAUCGAAAUGUCUACCGAAACAGUGAUGGUUUGUUGUGCACGGACAACAUCGAACGAGGACGAAGAAUCGCAUCUGCACUUCCCAGUAGAUCUUUGCGGAGUGACCAAAUAAUUGCUCCCCCGUUCAGCAUCAAAGCAAGUCCGCUAGUAUUUUGUCGUGUUGCUGGAUAUCUGGAUUAUUCUUCACUAGAAAAUGUUACGGGUCUUUCGAAGUGUGCAAGCAAGAAGCAGAAGCGACUACAAAUACAAACAACAAAACUGCCUGCAGUGUUUCUAUGGCCCUGUGAAUAACGAUAAUGGUAGUCGAAAAUUAGCGAUGAAGAGGAGCUAAAGAUGUGGAAGGAAUACUUCGCGACUUUUCCGUAUAGAACAACAUUCAAUGAAGUCCCACCCCUUGAGAAUGAUAUGCAAAGCCACUGUAACGUAAGGAUGCGAACGGCCCCUAGAAUAAGCAAAUUUAUCUUUGUUAUUAACACGUUCAAAAGGAGUAAAGCCGCGGAACUUGAUGUUUCUCUUGUAGAAUUUUUCCAUGUAGCCUCAGCAGUUUCGGGGAAAAGCAUCCGUCCUGGUGUUGCGAAAAUAAUAUCUAAACUAUUUUAAGGACGCUCAGGGAACACCACAAUAGCUUGAUCGACAGAGAGAGAGAGCAGGCUGGUUUCCGUUCUGGAUCUCCUGUAUGGACUCCAUUAACACCUUUCGGAUCAUUGUGGAGAGUGUGUGGAGUUGAGAUCCCCGCUCCAAUUGUUUUUCAUCGAUUUUGGGUAAAUUAUGGGCAGAGCCAACAGUGAGGCAAUCCAGAAUGGUCUACGCAUUGCGAGUAUU